AUGUGGGCCGAUCGUGGCGAAGUUCCUCAGCUAGUCGAUGAAGGACGGUCGAACGACUUGCCAAUUCAGCUGCCAACCGAGAUAUGGGAGAGGAUCGUCGAGUUUGCCACAGAGAUCCCUGGAGUUUACGCCACCGAAGACCAUGCUGCCAUUGCCGGGUUUUCUAGAGAUCGCUACGGCAUAUGCCUAAGCAACUGGUUCAAGGAUGCAGUGGAAACAAAACUUGCUCUUAGCCGCGUGUCGAGGUAUUGGAAUGACCUCAUGCAAUUGUUCCUGUUGCGACACAUCCGCAUCAAGACCGGGAGACAGGCUUGCGAGACAGCUGCAGCUCUCAAGCGGCUGACGAAAAGGGCGAAGCCAGACAACGGACCUGGGAAGUGGACGCUGCGCGUUGAAAUAGCGCUGGAUGGUAUCCACGCAUGGACAGAAAAGCACACAAAAGCGAUGCGCACAAUCUUCAAGAACUGCCCGAAUAUUGUUUGCUUCUCGACCGUGUUCUCGACCGCAGACCCAUACAUUUAUUCGUGCCCGACACUCAUAGGGUACCUGAGUGGCCAUCAGGGUUUGAAGCGACUGGAGCUGAAGUUCGACGCGGAAGUUUUGGGCGCCGUCGUACAGGGUCUCGGUCCCGCUUUGCAGGUUCUCUGGCUCUACCCCUGUAGGCGUAUUACGCGGGACAGAGAUAUCGGACGCUACCUGUUUCCAAACCUUCGUGUCCUCAUUUCGGAAGCCUUAUGCGAACCGUACAUCAAAGCACUUACGGCCCCGAAUCUUGAAGCUUGCAUCAUCGAUCUUUCCUUCGAGCCUUCCCUUCUUCCAGUCAUGGAUCGAAGCCGAAUACGAUACCUAGCUACUUCCAACGUCCAACGUAUAGCUUCAAAAUUGGAGUCCUUGUCGAACCUGAAGACAUUGUCAAUGACAUACUACGAACUGGCAACUCAAGCUAUUCCAUGGCCCACGAAGAGUAUGAUCCACCUCUGGCUUGAGUGCAUCAUGAUCGAAGAAAUAAACGGAAAGGAGUACACACACCUUCGUAUCAAUUUGGCCCAUCUCAUCUCCAUGCACAUGUUCCCGAAUUUGAAGUGUAUACGACUCUUCCUUCCUGUCGAAGACAGGGUGGAUUACUCCCCUGUUCUCCCAGACAGUGUUCGGCUCCUCUGGUUGGAGUGGCUGAGGGAUUGCCAACUUCAGGGAAUACGCAUCGAAAUAUCGCAAGGAAUUUACCAGUGGACCGAGGAUUUCUGGACAGCAAUCUCAUUUGAAGAACUUGCCGAAAUAUUGUAA